GCCAUGGCCAUUGGCCAGCCCAAAUUGCAAAAUGCAUCCAUGUACGCAAAAUGCUACAAAUUCAAUGCGAGUUCCACCAUGAUGGCGCAGGGAGCUAGAAUGCUACUCUGCUGAGCCCACCAAUGCGGCACUAGGAACUGUCAUUGCAGUAUUGCCACUGGGUAGCUAGCAGCCAAGAUGGGCAAGCGGGCCGCCAAAGGACUUGAAACCAAGGAACAAGCGGGCGAUAAGGCACAGACUGCAGCUGCAGGAACAAAGGAGGACGAACCUGCGUUGAAGGGAGAAACCGAAACCAAUGAGGGGCCUGAAAAAGCAUCAUCUACACAAUCAGAAGCUGGUGACAAAAGUGGAGGUGGCGCUGCGGAUAAGGAGCAGACAAUUGAGCAGAAGAGCACAGAGUCUGCCGGCACAUCUUGCUUCUGGCUGGUGUUCCUGCUGAUCGUCGCUCUUGUCACAAUUGUGCUGUUGCUGUGCCCCCCCGGAAUUUGGACAGGCAAUCCAGCGUUCAAUGCGAUGCCAGUGGUGCUAUUGCAGCACAGCGCAAAGGGCUUCAACGUUAAGAUCAGUGACCCGGAUGGGGCGUCUGUGAAAGUGUUUGCCAUAGCAGACGGGCCAGUUGAAGCUGAGACUGUGUUGCUACUACACGGGCUUGGGACGAGUUCCUUCCUCUAUCGGAAUGUGAUUUCUGAGCUCGCGAAAAAGGGCCUGCGUGCGGUGUCCCUAGACUUCCCCGGCUUCGGCCUGACGGAGAAACCAGCGACAGCGCUCUAUGAUCCUUAUUAUCUUUCAGAUUGUCUGGGAAGUAUCGUCUCAGGGCUGGGCCUCCCUCCACUACACCUUGUUGUACAUGACACUGCAGGUGUUGUUGGCACCCGCUUUGCAGCCCGGCACAAAGACCGUGUGCGCAGCAUCACGUUCCUCAGCCAAUCACCGGAACGGCCCUACCAAUCGACCCUCCCAGAUGUCUUUGCUGAGGUGCCAGCUGUCACGGCGGCAGUCACGGCGUUGCCCUGGGCGAUGCAGCUGAUGCUUCGGAGUUGCUGCUCACGAAGUAUCAGCCGCCAGGUGGCGGAGGCGUACGCACACCUGCUGCGGCGUGAGAAUGGGCUAACGGCGUUCCGGACUGCGGCGCAGGCGCUGAAUGGGUCCGAGGUGACGAGCGGUCAGCAGCUGUGGAACGAUUUGAGCGAUAACCUGGUGGACACGCCCUUCGAGUUGUUCUCGGAGGGUGACGACGACUGGCCGUCCAGUAGCGGAAGCUGGCCGCAGGAAGAUGCGCCCGAGUGGCUGUCAAAGAAGAUCCACGCAUUUGUCUCGGCCCAGUCCCCAACCAUUCGACCUCCCCCCCGGAAGGUAGAGAUCCCCGAGCACGUUCGCCGCCAGUUCGAAGCCCAAGCCGGGGGCCAUUCCCACCAACACGAUCACUCACACGGGGGCCAUUCACACGGGGGCCAUUCACAUGGGGGGCAUUCACAUGAUCACGGCCAUAGUCAUGGGGGUGGAGGACAAGGGCCGGGGAUGGGGCACGGCGGUUGGGUUUUGUGAUUGAGAUAUUUGUGCUCCCACUGUUAUAAACUGCAAACCGUGCUUGUGUACACGGUCCGGCUUGUGCCCGGCCAAAUCGAGCGGCUGUAAAUUUAUCGACCGUUCAAGCUACGUAAGGAGGCGUGCAUCCCUGUCAAUCAAGCAUCUCCC